UGCAGGUCCAAAUUCAUUCUAAACUAGUACUAGCACUCAAUACUUUCCAAAUAAGCACUCAUCAAAAAAUCUGAACUAGAAACUUAUUGUUAUCUAAUUGUCUCUGAGUGAUUAACUAAAAAAGGAAUCUGUUUGGGCAUACACAUACCAAUAAAUAUAUCAACUAGGGACUUAAAAUGAGAGGACUGGAAUUACUCUGUCGACCUCAGUGGCUCUGUGGGAUUGCUUUCAUGCACCAAUUAACUCAAGCGGCAUUCCACCCAAUAAGAUCGACGCGGGUACGGUUUUCAGGAUUAGGCAGCAGCAGUGGUAGCAAGAACUACUACCGACCAAUCCCGGAAAAUGAAGGUAGAAUAUGGGCAGUAGGAGCUCAUCCUGAAUUUCAUCAUCCCAGAACCUCUGGUGCUAUUUUGGAAGUUCCCUCCACAAGAAGGAACACUGGACAGAUCUGCAUGGAGGGGCACCAGCUUGAUCAAACUUCUGGAAGUACCUCCAAUAACCACGGUUGCCGUAAAAGUGGCUUGGGCGGGGAUUCAAAGAGAGCCCGACUGGAAGUUAGGAACUGGGUGACAAAUGAAGAUCUGGAGAGCUUUUUGCAGUCUGAUGAGGAUCAACUAGUACAAAGCAACUACUCUGGAUCUGAGACCACUGGGAAUGGCUCAACUCUCAUGACACCUUCCCUCACAGAGCUAGAUUGGGACUUAAUAUGGAAAGAACUCAACACUGUGGGCCCAACUAUUGCCCCGCCAAUAGAGACCAAUAUUCCGGCACCAAGACCAAAUAGCAAACCAACACAGCCCGGCUCCUCUCUGGAGCAGCCCAAAUCUAUACGAUUGCCCCAAGAGGAUCCAAUGGAGGAUGAACUCAAUAAAAUGUUAAAGCAACAUCAGCCAAAUGGUAUUCACUCACCAUUAAGUGGAAUUGAGCCGCCCAUCAUCAGAAUCGAGGCCACACUUGACCAAAGAGAUGAGCCGGAAUACGCUCGACUGGCCGACCAGUAUGUCCAAGCGUUUGAACCAGAGAUCAGGAGUCUUGAAAAAUAUCAGUUUUGUCAAGACUUUUGGAUGGGCCAACCAAGUAAUGGAGUUGAAUUCCCCGAGGGUGGUUUGAUCAUUGGACCCUUGGACGGGGACCCCAAGGAACCAAUGGCAAUGAUUGUUCCCUUGAACUCAAGUGGAAGUUUAUUUGAAAUGAACAACUUACUGAUGGUGUUUAAAGAGCUUCACAAGUGGAUCAUCCACACUCAUGGCCUCCUGUGCAAGAGAUUCAAGACUGCGGCUUCUGCCCAACCUGACCUUCAAAGCCUGGAAUUCUGGCUGUUGGGGGAAAUUUUCAGCCCCAAGCAAGGCCUUCCAGUUAUUGGAAGAUUCUGUACCAAUAAACUUGCAAAUAGAAAUUUUGAGGCGGUGCAGGAGUGGGUUGUCAAGUACCUUGUUGAAAAGGAAUCAGCCUUGACUACCUCCUUAGCAAUUAUUGCAAUCUGGUUCAAGAACACUUGCCCCAAACAAUGGAAGAGAUGUUUCAGAGCAGAUGAUUACUUUUGGGCACAUGCAGCUACACUACUCCAGGGAGAAAAUCCUAGACACUUGAUUCAUCAGGAAACUGGACUAGUAAACAAAAAUACCAACAGUAUCAUUGUCAACACUGAAGACAAAAGCAGUUUCAAGGGAUACAAGAACAGAUUCACAAAUAUUUUUGUUGAUGGUGAUCCCAAGAAGGUGAAGAUAGGAAAUUUUCAACUUUUGGAUAUGACCUUGAACCCACCUCACAUACCCAAGCCAAAGGGAAGGAUGGCAAUGAUGAGUUGGAUGACUGGGCCACACAUGUGGAAGAUGGACCAGGGAUUAAGUGGUUGUGCUCAUGGUAUUCUAGAUCGACAUGCCGAAGUCAGUGCAAAUGAGCUGGGGGGAAUUCAGAGGUGGCACAAAGUCUUCCCAUUGGAGAGGGUCGUGAUUGCCCGAUUUCGAAAUGGUGCCUUGUGUGUACGCCACUUGUCGCAUGAGGGAGAUCAGGAAAUUUUGGAGCAACAGUGGUUUAAAAGGAAAUUGAGGAAAUUGCUAAGCCACAUGGACGCUAGCUCGCUUGCAAUUCUCACUGCGUUUACCUCUCUUUGUCCAGCGACCCUAACGGUGCCCCUCCAAGUGUCUUUCUUUGAAUUUCUUUCUCGCAAGCUGUUUGGGACAGCUACAGAACCAUUCUUCCCCCUCUUUGGGCCGCUGGACAAGACCAUAGCUGACCUAGCCACAUCCCCCGCCUUUGAUGAAGUCCAGCUUUACCUCCUCAAGGUUUUCCAUGAUGAGAGCCCUUUCAAGUACUUGGAAGCUGCGCUGACUCUCCUGGGAUAUUGGUUGAAGAAUGAAAACCAAUACUUUUGGAAUGAGCACAUCAAAUCAGACCAAUUUUACUCCCAAUUCAUCAUCUCAGCUCUCCCCAAAAGGUUUAACAACUUAAUCCAUGAUCCUCCCAAACAUAGAUGACCUUGGUCAAGGAAGCAA